AUGACGAGCUUCUGGAAAAUUCCAGUUUUCUUCUUCGUAUGCAGUUUCCUGGGAUCCUGGGGAUCCACGACUGUCAAGCGUCGCCCAAGGUUUCCUGUCAAUUCAAAUUCUAAUGGUGAAAAUGAACUCUGUCCAAAAGUCAGGAUUGGACAAGACGAUUUACCAGGGUUUGACUUGAUUUCUCAGUUCCAGAUAGACAAAGCAGCAUCCAGAAGAGCUAUCCAGAGAGUAGUGGGAUCAACUGCAUUGCAAGUGGCUUAUAAAUUGGGAAAAAAUGUAGACUUCAGAAUUCCAACUAGGCAAUUGUAUCCCAGUGGGCUGCCUGAAGAAUACUCCUUUCUAACCACUUUUCGGAUGACUGGAAGCACACUUGAAAAGAACUGGAGCAUUUGGCAGAUUCAGGAUUCCUCAGGGAAGGAGCAAGUUGGCGUGAAGAUAAAUGGCCAAACAAAAUCAGUUGCAUUUUCAUACAAAGGGCUGGACGGGAGUCUCCAAACUGCGGCCUUUUCGAAUUUGCCCUCCUUGUUUGAUUCCCAGUGGCAUAAGAUCAUGAUUGGUGUGGAAAGGAACAGCGCAACUCUUUUUGUUGACUGCAACAGGAUUGAGUCCUUACCUAUAAAGCCAAGAGGCCAAAUUGAUGUUGAUGGCUUUGCUGUGCUCGGAAAACUUGUGGACAAUCCUCAAGUUUCUGUUCCGUUUGAACUUCAGUGGAUGCUGAUUCAUUGUGACCCACUGAGACCCAGCAGAGAAACUUGCCAUGAGUUAGCCAGCCAGGAUUACAGUGACCAGACCAUCGACCAGAGGGGCCCUCCAGGUGAGCAGGGUCCUCCUGGGCCACCGGGCCCUCCUGGAGUCCCUGGCAUCGACGGUAUUGACGGUGACCGAGGUCCGAAGGGUCCCCCAGGCCCCCCGGGUCCCCCAGGAGAACCGGGAAAGCCAGGAGUUCCCGGCAAGCCUGGCACGCCGGGCGCCGACGGAUUAACAGGACCUGAUGGAUCCCCUGGCUCUGUUGGACCAAGAGGACAAAAAGGAGAACCUGGUGCACCGGGACCUCGUGGAUUCCCAGGUCGUGGUAUUCCUGGACCUCCUGGUCCUCCAGGGGGGGCAGGACUUCCGGGAGAGCUUGGCCGUGUUGGACCAAUUGGCGACCCUGGGAGAAGAGGACCACCUGGCCCCCCUGGCCCCCCGGGACCCAGCGGAACAAUUGGCUUUCAUGAUGGAGAUCCAUUGUGUCCCAAUUCCUGCCCACCAGGUCGCUCUGGAUAUCCAGGCCUGCCAGGCAUGAGGGGUCAUAAAGGGGCUAAAGGAGAGGUUGGUGAACCUGGAAGACAAGGUCACAAGGGUGAAGAAGGGGACCAGGGCGAGCCUGGAGAGGUUGGAGCUCAAGGACCUCCGGGAGCUCAAGGUUUGCGAGGCAUCACCGGCAUAGCUGGGGCCAAAGGGGAAAAAGGUGCUCGGGGCUUAGAUGGAGAACCUGGGCCUCAAGGUCUCCCUGGUGCACCUGGUGAUCAAGGACAGCGAGGACCUCCAGGAGAAAUAGGUCCCAAGGGAGACAGAGGGGCUCAAGGUUCUCGAGGAAUUCCUGGUCUCCCUGGACCCAAAGGGGACACGGGCCUGCCAGGUGUGGAUGGCCGGGAAGGAAUACCUGGAAUGCCUGGAACAAAGGGUGAACCAGGGAAACCUGGGCCUCCUGGUGAAGCAGGAUUGCAGGGAUUACCUGGUAUACCCGGAAUUCCUGGUGCAAAGGGUGUUGCUGGUGAAAAGGGUAACACAGGUGCUCCAGGGAAGCCUGGUCAAUUGGGGAAUUCAGGCAAACCGGGCCAACAGGGGCCGCCAGGAGAGGUGGGACCUCGAGGCCCUCGAGGGCUUCCUGGCAGUAGAGGAGAAAUAGGACCAGUAGGACCCCCAGGACCGCCAGGUAAACUGGGUUCUCUCGGCAGCCCUGGGCUCCCUGGCCUGCCUGGCCCCCCAGGACUUCCUGGAAUGAAAGGUGACAGGGGUGUAGUUGGUGAACCUGGUCCAAAGGGUGAACAGGGUGUCUCUGGUGAAGAGGGUGAAGCAGGAGAAAGGGGUGAACUCGGAGAUAUAGGAUUACCUGGCCCAAAAGGAUCUGUAGGUAACCCUGGGGAGCCUGGCUUGAGGGGACCUGAAGGAAGCCGGGGGCUUCCUGGAGUGGAAGGACCUCGAGGACCACCUGGCCCGCGAGGCGUGCAGGGAGAACAGGGCGCCACUGGCCUGCCGGGGAUUGAAGGUCCUCCAGGUAGAGCACCAACUGAUCAGCACAUUAAGCAGGUUUGCAUGAGAGUCAUGCAAGAGCAUUUUGCUGCGAUGGCUGCUAGCCUCAAGCGUCCGGAAUCAGGAGCCUCUGGCCUCCCUGGGCGUCCUGGUCCCCCUGGCCCCCCAGGACCCCCUGGAGAGAAUGGUUUCCCAGGCCAGAUGGGACUUCGUGGCCUUCCAGGCAUGAAAGGGCCCCCUGGGGCUCUUGGUUUGAGGGGACCUAAAGGUGACAUGGGAGAAAGAGGUGAUCGUGGCCCUCCAGGAAGAGGUCCCAAAGGUUUGCCCGGAGCUACAGGUCUUCCAGGUGACCCAGGACCUGCCAGCUACGGGAGGAAUGGCCGGGACGGCGAGCGAGGACCCCCAGGGGUGGCAGGCAUUCCUGGUGUACCCGGCCCCCCAGGCCCUCCUGGGCCUCCUGGUUUCUGCGAACCAGCCUCUUGCACCAUGCAGGCUGGGCAGCGGGCAUUUAAUAGCAAGGGUCCUGACCAGUGAAAGGUUAGUGUUGCAUGACUGUCUGCAUAAACCAUGCCUGGUGGAGUGGCUUGGAGGAGAAACCACCUGAAGCCAGGCAAAGGUGACAGUGCAUCACCCUCAAGGUUAUUCUAGAAGUUGCACCUGAUGAUCAGGUUAGAACAAUGGUGCUAUUCAAGAAAUCCUCUUUCCUUUCUGUGGAGGGGAGCCGGUGGUGUUAUCCAUCAGACAAGCAAAACCCCUCCCUUGAAGUAAAUUUAUAGUCCUGUCCCCAGGAUCUUGAACUUGUGUGCUAGCCAUGUGUGGCGUGUCAUGGGCCACUGUGCCAAUAAACAAAAACAACUGUUUGGUUUA